AGUUGGUCAACACCUUACACAAGGCACCUCUGAGCAUGCGCAGUUACACAGUUUGAUCACUUCCUAUCUUGCUGCUGUCGGCUUCCUCCUCUCCCGGUCAAAAUUUUUGAUAUUUCAAACACAAACAGACUAGCUGUAUUUUUCUGAAUAUUCUCGUCACUGAUGAAGAAUGGCGGGUAGUUUUGGAAAGAUCAUCGUUGGCGUAUAUGUUGAAAUAAAGAGAAGCGAUGGACGAAUACACCAAGCCAUGGUCACAUCGUUGAAUGAAGACAAUGAGAGCGUCACCGUGGAGUGGAUAGAAAAUGGAGACACAAAAGGGAAAGAGAUUGACUUGGAGAGUAUAUUUGCACUAAACCCAGACGUGGCCCCAGAAGAGGAGACUGCCCCCAGCCCAGAGACCCCGCCUCCACCAACGCCGACCUCUGUGAAGGUCAACAAGAUUCCCAAGAACCGACGAACAAUAGCACCCACUAAGAAUGACACUCCGUCCAGGGAUAACAGAGUGGUGUCGACCAGGGCCAGACCAGCUCAGCCCCAGCAACUAGAGCCUGCUCCCCCUCCCCCCGUCCAGCAGCCAGCCCAGCCCACCCAGGCCCAGACAGCCCAACAGUUAGCCAACGCGAGGAGGAAGUCCAACUGUGUGAAGGAAGUGGAGAAACUGCAGGAGAAGAGGGAGAGACGACGGAUACAACAACAGGAGCUGAGAGAGAAGAAAGCACAGGAGGUGGACACCACCGUCCCGAACUAUGAGAUCCUGUAUAUGAUCAGAGACUUCCGUGCCAGUCUGGACUACCGGCCGCUGUCCACCGCAGACCUGAUUGAAGAGCACAGAAUAUGUGUUUGUGUGAGGAAACGUCCACUCAACAAGAAAGAGCUGACCAUACGGGACCUGGAUGUGAUCACCAUCCCCAGUAAGGAUGUGGUGAUGGUCCAUGAGCCCAAGCAGAAGGUGGACCUGACACGCUACCUGGAGAACCAGACCUUCCGCUUUGACUAUGCUUUCGAUGACAGCACCACCAAUGAAAUGGUUUACAGGUUUACUGCCAGGCCCCUGGUGGAGACUAUCUUUGAGAGGGGCAUGGCCACGUGCUUCGCCUAUGGACAGACUGGUAGUGGCAAAACACAUACUAUGGGUGGAGAUUUUUCUGGAAAGAACCAGGAUUGUUCUAAAGGAAUUUACGCAUUAGCAGCUCGGGAUGUGUUUGUCAUGUUGAAGAAGCCCUGCUACAGGAAGUUAGAACUUCAGGUGUACGCAACUUUCUUUGAAAUCUACAGUGGAAAGGUGUUUGACCUGCUGAACGGUAAGGCUAAGCUCCGGGUGUUGGAGGAUGGGAAGCAGCAGGUGCAGGUGGUGGGGCUGCAUGAGAGAGACGUCAAAUGCACAGAGGACGUCCUCAAACUCAUAGAAGUGGGCAACAGCUGCAGAACAUCAGGUCAGACUUCGGCCAACGCCCACUCGUCCCGUAGCCAUGCAGUGUUCCAGAUCAUUCUAAGGAGGAAGGGGAAAAUGCACGGCAAGUUCUCCCUGAUCGACCUGGCGGGGAAUGAGAGGGGUGCCGACACGUCCAGCGCUGACCGCCAGACACGCCUGGAGGGAGCCGAGAUCAACAAGAGCCUGCUGGCACUAAAGGAGUGCAUCAGGGCGCUGGGGCGGAACAAACCUCACACUCCGUUCAGGGCCAGCAAGCUCACCCAGGUCCUCCGAGACUCCUUCAUAGGGGAGAACUCCCGCACAUGCAUGAUAGCAACUAUCUCUCCUGGUAUGACGUCCUGUGAGAACACCCUCAACACGCUACGCUACGCUAACAGAGUAAAGGAGUUUGGGAUCAGUCCCUCAGACAUCCCCUUCUCCCAGGGCGGUGGAAGUCGCUCGGAGCUCUCGGAGCUCUCGCCCACCUAUGAGUAUGAUGACUUUGCUACCUCUCCCAGCAGAGUGAAGGAGCUGACGGUGGACACUAAUCAGGUGAUAGAGGGGGUCCGGCCCAACAUACAUGUGGUGGACCAGCUGGAUGAUGACUGGGACCACCUGGGCAGCUCCCCCCAGAGAGAUGACCUCAAACUGCUCUGUGAGCAGAACCUGGAGGAGGUGUCCCCCCAGCUCUUAACCUUCCAUGAGGCUGUCUCUCAGAUGGUGGAGAUGGAGGAACAGGUGCUGGAGGACCACAGAGCUGUCUUCCAGGAGUCUAUCCGGUGGCUGGAGGAUGAGAAGGUUCUGCUGGAGAUGACUGAGGAGGUGGACUAUGAUGUGGACUCUUACGCCACUCAGCUGGAGCAGAUCCUGGAUCAGAAGAUUGACAUCCUCACGGAGCUCAGAGAUAAAGUCAAGUCGUUCCGCUCGUCACUCCAGGAAGAAGAACAAGCCAGUAAGCAGAUCAAUCCUAAGAGGCCGCGUGCCCUGCUGUAGACCAGGCCAGGGAGGGGUGUGUGGAGGGGCAGUAGCACAUACAGGAACAUAUACACUAGAUGAACUAUAUAUACAAAAGUAUGGACACCCCUUCAAAUUAGUGGAUUUGUGGACUUACUGAAGAGCUCAAUGACUUUCAAUGUGGCACCGUCACAUAGGAUGCCACCUUUUCCAACAAGUCAGUUUGUUAAAUUUCUACCCUGCUAGAGCUGCCCCGGUCAACUGUAAGUGCUGUUCUUGUGAAGCAUUUAAGAGCAACAAUGGCUCAGCCGCCAAGUGGUAGGCCACAAGCUCACAGAACAGACCCGCUGAGUGGUGAAGCGCGUAAAAAAUUCUGUCCUCUGUUGCAACACUCGCUACCGAGUUCCAAAUGACCUCUGGAAGCAAUGUCAGUAAUAAAACUGUUCGUCGGGAGCUUCAUGAAAUGGGUUUCCAUGGCCAAGCAGCCGCACGCACACA